AUGGCAAAAGUAGUAUCCAGAGCGGAGAAUGUAAUAGCAGCAAGAAGAAACAGACGGAUUGCGAGAAGCAGAGGAGGAGAAAUUGGUGAAACAUCAACCAUGGGCGAAAGGAUUCACCAAGCUCAACACGUCCAGCCACAGAUCCAAUGUGUGCAGGAAGGAAAUGAUGUUAACAGAAACAUUUAUGAUGAGGUAAGUGUGGAUACCACGGAUACAGAUACGGUGGAGGAAAACGGAGAAAGCACUCCUGAGCAAGGACCAAUCCUAGAAAAUGAAGAAAAUAUGACUAUUGGGGAAUUUAGUCAAAGGAUAGUCGAGGAAAGGCGAAGGGAAAACCGUAAUGAACAAGGGAGCGAAUAUGAGGGCAGAAUGGCAGGACUAAGAGAAAGAAGAGGGAGACCACAUCGAAAUCGACAUCGCCGCACUGAGAGAGUCGAAAAAAACAACGAAGUGGAGGAUUUAACAAGUGAUGACACAAGGAGAGAGAGACGUAGACAAAGAAGAGAAGAUGCAGAAGAGCGAGAAUUUCAGGAAGCACUAUGCCGGAGUAGACAGGAACACAGGGCAAGAGAGGCGAGUCUUAAUAGACCAAUGCAGCAGGAGGAAGACCAAAGAAUCAACCGAACAAUACUAAGAGAGUUAGAGGUAAUGCGGUGA